AGAUCCGGGGAAAAGUCGUAAACGUCCCUGACACUCGUGUUUUUGUCAAACGUGCUAAAGUCCACGAACAUUCAUUUGAGUCAAACAGCAUUAUUACAAAUCUUGCGUCAGCCCGAGAGCUUGCAAAACUGGGGCUUUGAGCAAAAGCUUGUUUUUCCGGUCGCAGAGCCUAAUGAAACUCCUGCGUAGACUCGGCUUAUUUCAUUCGUUUGCUGAAGGCUUGCUGUAAACCUCCUGGAAUCAUGAUUGACAAGGAUGAUUUUGGGCCCAUCACACGGAAUCGUAGACGUGCAACCAUCACAAGCGCAAAGAGCGAGACUGUGAAACUCAGGAACGGCGCGACCGCCGCAGCAGCGGCAGCCAGUGAUCUCAAAAGCGGACACAAGGCGCGAGAGUCUUUCACGGAAAACUUACAGCUGAACGAAGACAGCAAACAAAAAUGCGAUCGCUACGACAAAAUGAGUUGCCACAAGUUGCAGGAGUCGAUGCUGAGUUCUGCGAGCAGCUUCAGAAAUUACAGAGGCAUCCUGAACUGGUGUGUGGUAAUGCUGGUUUUGAGCAAUGCACGCCUGUUCUUGGAAAACCUUCUCAGGUAUGGCAUUUUGGUGGACCCCAUUGAAGUGGUGUCAUUGUUCCUCAAGAACCCUUAUAGCUGGCCUGCUGCAUGCCUGGUCAUUGUUUCUAAUGUUUUUAUACUUGUGGCGUUGUACACCGAGAGGAAACUAGCCAUGGGGUCGAUCAGUGAGAAAGUCGGCCUGCUGAUCUACAUUUUUAAUUUAACGAUCAUCUUGUGUUUUCCUAUGGUUGUCGUGUUGAAGCUGCCAUCUAUUACACCAGUUGGAGGGGCGUUUGCUUUGGGAGUCUACACCAUCCUGUUUUUGAAACUAUACUCGUAUAAGGAUGUUAACAGGUGGUGCAGAGAGAGAACGAAAGUGAAGGCCCGCAGCCUCUCCAGAUCUCUUUCAUGUCCAUCAUCUCCAUCUGCAUUAAGCGGUAUGCAGUCGCAUGUGUCCUACCCAGGAAAUCUCUCUCUCAGGGAUAUGUAUUAUUUUGUUUUUGCUCCAACCCUCUGCUAUGAGCUCAAUUUUCCCCGCUCUGAAUCCAUCCGAAUGGGAUUUCUGCUCAGGAGGCUCUUUGAGAUGUUGCUCCUCACUCAGUUAUUGGUUGGUUUAACGCAGCAGUGGAUGGUGCCAAUCAUUCGAAGUUCAAUGAAGCCUUUAAAGGAAAUGGACUUCACUAGAAUGACAGAGCGUUUGCUUAGACUGGCAGUGCCUAACCAUCUCAUCUGGUUGAUUUUCUUCUACUGGUUUUUCCAUUCCUCAAUGAAUUUUGUGGCUGAGCUGCUGAGGUUUGGAGAUCGGGAAUUUUACCGUGACUGGUGGAACUCCGAGACAAUAACAUACUUCUGGCAAAAUUGGAAUAUUCCUGUGCACAAGUGGUGUCUCCGGCACUUUUACAAGCCGUUGCUGAGAAGAGGUGCUGGCAAGUUACUGAGCCAAUCAGCUGUAUUUUUCGCCUCUGCGUUUUUUCAUGAGUACCUGGUCAGUGUCCCUCUCAGGAUGUUCAGACUGUGGGCAUUUAUGGGUAUGAUGGCACAGCUCCCAUUGGCAUGGUUUGUGGCCAGGUUUCUUCGUGGUAAUUAUGGAAAUGCUGCUGUGUGGCUCUCGCUCAUUAUUGGUCAACCUAUCGCAGUUUUGAUGUAUGUUCAUGACUACUAUGUCAUCCACUACCAGCAUGACCUGACGAUCACUGAAGCUCUGUGAUCACACUUUUGACACUAAGCAGCUAAACUUCAAAAUAUUGCUGUAAGACUUCUACAUAUUGCAGAGGUACUGAUGGGAGUACACUAAUACAAUUGAAGAGUCCCAGCAGUCAGGUUUCCAUAAAGUCUUCAAAUAAACUCAUAGCUCUAGGCUAUAUUUAAUCCUUUAUGAACAAUUACAAUAGCCAGUCUAUGCAAAUCCUGCCUGGAACUGCCAGUAGAGACGCACAAGAGUCUUUAAGCUUCUGAAUGUGAGUAUACAGGUGCUCAAGUGCUCAUUUUAACUUCACUAAAUGAAGCCGUCCUUUUUUUUUUUUGAGGGUGUUUACAUGCAUUACUAGUAGGACCGCCACUUUCUCACACUCAGGUCUGUGUUUGUCACUUUUUUUUUCAAGCAUUUUAACAUGUGCAUUUAGUUUAAGUAUUGUAAACUCCUUAAAGUGGACAUGCUGGACUUAUUAUUCCUGUAUGAAUAUAUGUUAUUAAAUUAAAUGCCAGUCUAUAAAUUGAUAAAAUAUGCAAGAAGUGUAUGUUCAGACAGAAAUGUGCAAUUUUUUUAAUGAAUAUGUUUUUUAACCAAUAUAUGGGCAGACACUUUAAUUGUUUAUGUAUGUUUUUUGCAAAGGGACAUGAGAGAAAAUGUUAAAUCCAAAGUAUGUUACGUCCAUAUUUUUUAAUCAAUUUUUUUUUUUGUUACAAUAAUUUUGAAUUGCAUUUUUAUGUAUGAAUCUAAACUGUUGUACACUAGUGUUGAGAUGCCAUCUGCACUCCGUUAUUGGCAUUAUGGGACCUGUUCCUUAAAAGUGCGCCGCCCUGUGGCGAAUAUUGAGAAUAAACAACCCUGCAAACGUU